AUGAUUAAUGGUUAGGGGAGGGACAGGGAAGUUAGAAGCAGAAGGUAAGUGUACUGUUCUCUCCGCUGUCCCUUUCUCGAAUCUGAAUCUCUGUCAAGUUGGAGGAGCAGAGAGGGCAAUUUGGUCAAACUAUAGAGGCUAAGCUAAUGAUAGGAACAAAAUAGAAUGGAGACCAAAAAAUUAGGGGCUUUUCGAUUCAGUUGGAUUCGAUUGGAUCCUCGUUGAGUUUGAGAGUGUUGUGUUGUGUUGUGCCUUCCAUUCCCAUGACGAUCACCUCCUUCUCCUUUGUCUGGCACAAUGAAUCUUAUCCUGCCUAUCACGAUUUCUACCUUCUCCCCUUCUUCGCUCUCUUCUUCCCCUCCGUUCGCUUCUUUCUUGAUCGCUUCGUAUUUGAGAAAGUGGCUCGACGAUUGAUUUUCGGAAAGGGGCAUGAGACGCUGGACUACCAGACCGAUGAGAGAAGAAAAAAGAUUAACAAAUUUAAGGAAUCGGCCUGGAAAUGUGUUUAUUAUCUUUCAGCUGAGAUUCUUGCUCUCUCUGUUACUUAUGAUGAACCUUGGUUUACGAAUACUAGAAAUUUUUGGGUGGGACCAGGAACCCAGGUCUGGCCAGAUCAAAAGAUUAAGUUGAAAUUGAAGGCAGUUUAUAUGUAUGCUGCUGGCUUUUACUCGUACUCCAUUUUUGCUUUGAUAUUUUGGGAAACAAGGCGCUCUGAUUUUGGGGUGUCCAUGAGUCAUCAUGUUGCUACUGUAAUUCUCAUUGUUCUGUCUUACAUUUUUAGGUUUGCUCGUGUUGGAUCAGUUGUUUUAGCACUUCAUGAUGCUAGUGAUGUGUUUCUGGAGGUAGGGAAAAUGUCCAAAUACAGUGGUGCUGAAACAAUGGCUAGCUUUGCUUUUAUUCUAUUUGUUUUAUCUUGGAUCAUAUUGCGCCUCAUUUACUACCCAUUCUGGAUUCUUUGGAGUACAAGCUAUGAAGUUCUACUCACCUUAGAUAAGGAAAAGCACCGAGUUGAUGGUCCAAUAUACUAUUAUGUGUUCAAUAGUCUUCUAUACUGCUUGCUUGUUAUGCAUAUUUAUUGGUGGGUGUUGAUAUUUCGGAUGCUUGUUAAACAAGUCAAAGCGAGAGGGAAAGUUAGUGAAGAUGUUCGAUCUGAUUCAGAAGAUGAAGAUGAGCAUGAAGAUUGAGUAGUAAAGCAUAAGCAUAAUGUAAUCUUUAGGCAAAGAUGAAUUGGUUAGCAAAACUUUUUUGUUCCUCUGGAAACGAUGCUAAUAUUAUCAAAUCUUCAUUCAAAUUGAGGGGAGAUUUUAACUAAUUUGACGGUACAGACUACGGAGCUGAUAUAAAAGGACAACAGAUGGAGAAUUUCCAUUCUUCUAUACUAUUGGUCUAUGCUACACCUCCUGAGGUUUAUAUAUAUAUAUAUAUAUGUUUUUUUUUACCUUCUUUGGUUAUUUGUCCCUUAAAUUUACCGUUGUGAAGAAGUUUGACGAUUAAUGUUUUCUGCCAAAAAUAUUAUCCUUUGUUUUCAUUUAUUGGAGAAGAUGUUGGACU